CAUCUAUAUACCAUGUCUCUGAAGAUAGCAGCUGAAAGAUGGCCAAAAUCACCAUCAGAGAGGGUGGAGGAGCCAUUGGUGGUAGUAAAAGAAUAUGAUGAAGAGAGACACAAGGUAGCAAUAGAGAAACUGGAGAGGCUUUGUGAAGUUGGACAAAGAGGAAAGCCAUCUCUUGUUACUGACCUCAUUGGCGACCCCAUAUGCCGUAUCCGUCACUUUCAAUUACAUGUCAUGCUGGUUGCAGAAUAUGGAGAAGAAGGAGAAGUUGUUGGGGUGAUAAGGGGGUGUGUAAAAACAGUUACAAGAGGGAAUUCUGUUUAUGUAAAGCUUGCUUAUAUUUUGGGGCUCAGAGUUUCACCACAACACAGGAGAUUUGGCAUUGGGACAAAACUAGUUGAACAUUUAGAAGAAUGGUGCAAGCAAAAGGAGGCUAAGUAUGCAUAUAUGGCAACUGAUUGUACAAAUGAGCCUUCGGUCAAUUUGUUCACAAAAAAAUGUGGCUACUUAAAAUUCAGGACUUUAACCAUGCUAGUGCAGCCUGUUCAUGCUCACUACAAGCCAAUUAGCUCAAGUGUUGCUGUGCUUCACCUUCCACCACGCCUAGCUGGGUCCAUGUAUAACCAUAUGUUUGCCAAUUCAGAAUUUUACCCUAGAGACAUAGACUUAAUUUUGUCAAACAAGCUAAAUUUGGGCACUUUCAUGGCCAUCCCCAAGAAGUACCUCUCCAAAUGUGAUCCAAAAAGUGGCAUUCUCCCUCCAAGCUUUGCAAUAUUAAGUGUGUGGAACACCAAAGAAGUGUUCAAAUUGCAAGUGAAGGGUGUGUCACCACUUGCACAUGCAUGCUGCGUAGGUACAAGGUUAUUGGAUGAAUGUAUGCCAUGGCUAAGGUUACCUUCUUUUCCUGAUGUUUUUAGGCCUUUUGGGGUUUAUUUUAUGUAUGGACUACACAUGGAGGGUAAGUGUGGAUCUCACCUCAUGAAGUCCCUAUGUGGAUUCGUGCAUAACAUGGCAAGAGAUGAUGGUGGUUGUGGGGCCAUUGUGGCUGAACUGGGCCAUAGGGACCCAGUUAGAGACGCUGUCCCACAUUGGACCAAAUUCUCAUGGGCAGAAGACAUGUGGUGCAUUAAGAAUCUUGAGACCGCGAAGCAGGAUAUCCCUGAUAAAUGUGGGCCACCUGAUAAUUGGUUCACUUCUAGAUCCUCUUCGCCAGUUAUUUUUGUUGAUCCUCGUGAUUUUUGA